AGACAUCGUACAAAUCAUGCUCAACUUAAUGAUGCCAUCAUCUCUGAAUACAGUCUCCCUGUCUCUCACACUGGCAGUGUUCAUCAGUGUUAUGGACGCAGCGGCUCUGUACAGCAGUAUGGAAGAAUUAACCGAAACAUCAGGGGAUGAACUUCAGGAUGUUGAUAUUAAGAGUCCUCCAACCGGAAAACAGAAAUGGCACCUGAUGGCACAAAAACUACACAAGGACGUGGAAACACUGCGAGAUGAACAGUUUGAGAAAGAUUUCAAAGAAAUGGUGAAUAUGACUUCAUUUGAAGGUGUGAAAAUCAGCACUCCACUUCUCAAAGCCUCAGAUGGCUGUCUGUCCAGAAACUUCAGCACAGAAAGGUGUCUAGGGCGCAUUUACAGUGUUCUGACAUGGUAUAAAGAUCAUAUGAGUUACAUUGAGAGAGAAAAUCUGACCUCAACCCUGAUGAACGAUGCCAAACACAGGACGAAACGAUUGCUGGAUUCCAUUAACAACCAGCUCAAGCUGAGAAAUAUACAGGUUGAAGGCAUCUCCAGCACUCCUCUACCUGUCGGAUCGGCGUGGACGCGCAAGACGGCCGUGCACUCCAUCCUGUUCAACUUUACCAGCGUCAUGAUCGAUACAUGCAGAGCGAUCAAUUACAUGAGCCAGAGGAAAAGUGGACACGGUCACCACGGUGAAGACAGAAAGAGACCCAGUGAGUUCGUCUCAGGGAACAACUAACUACAGAAGCACAUCAAACAAUUAUUUAUUUAAUAUUUAUAAUAUAUAUUUAUUAGACUACCACCCUUGGAGUUGUGAGUUUGAAUCCAGGGUGUGCUGAGUGACUCCAGCUGGGUCUCCUAAGCAACCAAAUUGACCCGGUUGCAAGGGAGGGU